CUUUAGAAAACACUACAUCGACAGCUGCAGAAGGGAGGAGGCACUGACUCGACGGUCAACAGAGACAGGGUAUAUAAGAUGAGGCCAUCAAUCCCUUGAGAGCUAUCAUCACCACCAACUUCUCCAUCCAUCAAACUCGCCAUCAUGCUUUCUUCCUCCCAUCACUUGACUCUUGUGACUCUGGUGCUCGCUGCAAGCUGGUUAGCCCGUCCUACCCUGGCUGCAGUGAGCUGCGACGCCAACGAAUUCAUCGAUAGGAAUGAAUGCGCUCGAGCGGUUUCGCAAAUCGUCUAUGAGAAAGCAGGUAAUACUCUUGAUAGAGUCUCGACCAAGUUUGCAAAGCUAUCUGGUAAUUGUACCAUACUCGUUGGAAACCCAGAAAAAGGCGUAGUAACCAAACAGCAAAUUGAGGCUGGCUUUACCAGCAUCUUCGACCAAUGUAAAGUCAAUACCGGUCAAGUUUCAUUGGCCAAUUCGCUCUUUCUUCAAGUCCAAGACCAUCGUUUAGGAUAUGAUAGUGGGGACAUCGAAUCUACAACCUUGAUCUGUGGUCUCAACACCAACGCACCAUUGACAAUCAACAAAGAUUGUCAGACUGCGUACAACAAUAUCCCGGUCGAUAAGAAUGGCCGCUUGUUAGGAGAAGAUGGUCAGCCGACGGCUUCCGUAUUGAAGACUUUCAAAACCUGCACGGUGCUCGUCUACACAACCGAUAACUCCACGCUCAUCGGUACCAAGAGCGAGAUUGGGUCAGUGGUAUCGAAGACGAUCAACGAUUGCAAAGGAAAAUCUGGCGUGAUAGGUUCGCCGAAGGGUGGAGCCGGCAUUAAUGGACUCACAGUGGUUAAAGUGAGAAGCAGUAAAGAAUGUGGUGAUCAUAGAGAUACUGAAGGGAAAUACCAAUCUUGUUAUUAGUCGUGUGUGCCAGCUCAAUGCUUUUUCAUCAUGCAUUAUUCAUCUUUCACCACUCCUCACAAACCUUAUCUCUCAAAAUCUCAACUCUGUAACACCAAUCAAAAUGUACAAGAUUGUAGCAUCACUAAAUAUAUGUAUUAUCUCUGUUUUCCUAUUGACAAUUACACUCCUCCAGAACAUGAAAUCUAUGGAUCAUCCAACUCCAUGGAUUGUGACCGAG